AUGUCUUCCCACAACACUAAGAGUGUGGAAAGCGAUCUUGCUUCCUUGAAACUUGGAAGGGACACCAUCGGCCGAAUCAGGGAAAGGGAAUCGACGGAAUUCCAUACUUACACGUUCCCGGAAUUCCAUAAAAACUCAAGGGUUGUGGCAGUCUGUGGUGUUAUGAACUUAGAUGAUGCGGAUCCUGAGGCUGAUGGCUGGCUACUCUCCGACUUUUAUCUAUUCAACAUCUUGCUGCGCGGUCUUGGAUCGAAGCAGACCUGGUUAACGACACUACAACCGUCAAUACUUGUUUCGAAGUAUAAGGAAUAUCUUCACGGGAACCCAUACAAGGACAGAAGAGUCGUUCUGAACCAGGAUAUUCUCGAUCAGAACAGGCUGACUCCUGUGCAACUACUUUCGCCGGAUACAGCAGUCAACGACUGCGUCGAAAUAUUGCGUCGAGAGGCUGCUGAAGCCAAGCGCAAGCGCGAGCCCCUACUGGUGUUACUCUUUGGGCAUGGGCACCAGACCACAAAGGCCAUUAUUUUUGGGUCCAUAAGUAAAGAAGAAGUGUGGGCUGAAGUGCCACUACGCGCUGAGAAGGCAUUAUACAUGUCCCAGGUGCAAUCAGUAAUCUCAGAGGGCCUUCAGUGGACCAUGUUAUCAAAAUCAUGCUACUCAGCAGCUUGGACAGCUAAUGUGAAUAGCACAGCAUUGACAGCUGCGAGUCAUCUUUUAGAGUCUGAGUCCUGGCCCGAGAGCGGCUCGAUGCGAUACUCAGGCUCUGUUUGGAUGACUAAGUUGCUCAAGGCCUUGAAGGAUGAAAUGAAGGAGCCCGCAGAGCAGGAAUUGCAAUCACAAAGCCAAGGACAUUAUGUGAUUUUAAACAAGGCGUUCAGCAAAUUCGUCGAGGAGUGCCAUUCGGUACUCGCGACACGUGUCGACAGACUGGCGGACACCCAUAAUCUGUCAUUUUCUACCCAAGACGACGAGUGGAGUACGUCUUGGGGCGAAAGGACUGGAAUACCUCUUGCUAAUUUCGAGGAACGAUUCCUCGCUUUGCCAAUUCGCCCUACCUCAAUGGACACGAAAAGUGGGAUCAACCGGGACCCAGCAAAUUCCCUUAACGAGGACUUACCGACUAGACUUCUAGGUCAGAGCAUGAGGGGACGAUUUGGUUCUGCGAGAGCAGCAAGGAGACAUGUCAUUAAUCUUGCAGUCGAGUACAUAAACAGCUGCCCAGGGAGAAGUUCAAUGGCAGGGAAUCAAAGAAUCACCUCGAGCUUUUUAAGGGUGUAUCAGAAUGUUGGUACAUCAUGGGAUCACAUGGCUAGUACUCUUGCUCAAUUAGAGUAUCGUCUUAGCUGCACGAGGGUAGCAACAGCCUAUCUCACUGUUUGCAACAUCCCAUUCCCUCAAGGGCUGGCUUGUGAUAAGUGGGACAAGCAGGUCCACAUCAAUAACAUACCUGAUGGAGGUCACAGUCAUAUUUACGAGCACGCACUGGAGUUGUUGACGGACGCACGUAUCAUGCCGGAGCCAUUGGAGGUCCACGGACAUAGGUUUAUCAAGGCCCAACAGUAUAUUGCGGUGGCUCUGCUGGAGCAAUACGAACUCGACCGUCAAAAUAGCCUGAAAAUCGUGGAAGCUUCGGUGGCCAAACUGGUGUCCGUGAAGGACAAAGUCAUCGGAGAACUCGUCGAUUUCGUACUGCGCUCGGAGACUCUCAAAUCGAGCCGGAGGGAGUGGGCUUCGAGUCUACGCAAGAGGCUCCGUAGCUUGUCGCCCCACAAGGCCAACAGAAACUCAGGGUAUUCGAGCGGGUUGGUCUCGCCCUCAAAGAAGCAGCGGGCCUCUCUAGACGAUCCAUCCGAAUUGAGCCCUCGUCUGCCUCGUUCGCUCAGCAGAAGAGAUGACUCUUCAGCUGGUAUGUCAGACGUCGCGAAGGGCAAGCGGAAGGCUUAG